GGCAACAUGCAAGAAACCACACUAAUGUGUUCAGUGUGUUAAGAUGUAUUACCCGCUACUUGGGAUCACAUUGAUUUGUUACGUUUCUGCGGAACUCAAUCGUGUACAGAUUCCUCAAAAAUUCUUACAGAAUGUGUUAUCAAAAUCAAAAAGCAAUAUGCAGGUACCAGACAAAGAUACUGACGCAUAUUUCGACAAACCGGAUAACAAAAUGCUUAUACCCGUGACCCCAGAGGAGAUACAGGCAACAAAGAAACUAUUCAAGAAACACCCAAAAUCUACGAUACAGAAAAUAAUAGCGAGGAACAAAAAGAAUAAAAAAAUGAAGUAUAAUUUCCUCACCACGAAACCCACGCCACCCCCGUCUAGUGACGAUAUUGAAGAUUUUGAUGAUAGAGACGAUGAUCCCACCACCAUGAAAGGGAUGAUGAUGAAGAAACCUAAAAAGUGGAACAACAAGAUAACCAAGUACCACAGCCAGAUCCAGAAAAUGCCGAACAGGAUAUCACCGAAAGUCAAAAGAACAAAGAGACACUUAGACAGAGACAACACGAUCAUAUUUCAAGAUUUUGACGAGUUCGAAUUCCUGGAUAACAAAAAAGAUUACGACCUUGUUAAGACACAUUUCAAAAAGUAUUGGUAAAAUAUAAAGUCUGAUAUGGUAGAAUAAGUGAGCAAAGUAAGUUAAGGUGCGAGUGUUAAAUAAAAGAAUUGAACUUGUUUUUAAAA